AUGGACCAGGAGGAGGCUCCCCCACCCCCGUACUCUGCCGUUGAUCCAUUGAACACACCAAGCCGGAGUGGCAACCCAGCACCGGUCCCUCCUCGGGGAGAGGUAUCGGAGUCGCAGGAUGCCAGCAGCUCGCGAAUUCCCGCACGGCCCUCGGUAGUCCCGACGCAUUUCACAUCCGCCGCUACAUACUUCGAGGAACGGCCUCCGUCGAGCUUGGAUGACACCCGGGAUACUUUGCAGCAUCACAUCACCAUAUACCCACGAAGUCAAGCGAAGGAUUUCCCGCGGAGGCCACGCUGCUGGGCAUCGCGGUUUGAUGAUGUCACUCAAGCGGAUUGGGAUACCUUCCUCCGGUAUCUGUUCCCACCCCAAUUAGGACUUGCCGCUUCUUCGCAGCAUCUUCCACGCCAGUUGCGAGCAGAAAUUCGUCGAGAUCGCAAGGAUCGCCCACAGGAGACCGAUGAACAACGGAAAGCUCGAAUUGCUGCCGUGGUAGCUGAAUGGAAUGAGUGCUUCUUCGGGUAUCGCUCUACCCAGAUUGUUCCCGUCUAUGUAGGCGAACCGGAUAACGCGCCUACAUCUGGUCUAUGUCCCAGAUGUUACCCAGCUGCAACAGGCUCUAUAGAAGGUCAACAAUCGCGGAAUCCGAACGCUCCGUCGCCUGUCUCUGACCAACAAACCCCCUCCCCAACACAUUGGCAGAUGCCGCCUGCUCCUUAUCACACUCCUCCUGUACAUACUUCCCAUUCUCCAUAUGGAGUACCGUAUGGUACUCCUACAUACCUUUCCCCCAUGUCUCCUAAUCACCAGCCACCUCAAUAUUAUCCCGUCCCGCAUCACCCACCACCACAAGGCGUCGCCCCAUGGCAAUGGAACAAUUGGGGCUACGCGCAGCAACAGCAGCAAUAUCCCAACAAUGGCGCCUCCAAGGGCGGCUCUUUUGGCUGGAUAUCACAACUCGCAUCACAAGCUCAAAAGUAUGGAGAGCGAUUCAGCGAACAAGCUCAACAAUACGGCGAUCAGAUCAGCGCGCAGGCACAGCAUUAUGGGCGUCAGGUUGAAGAGCAAGCACUUGCACAUGGCCGGUGGCUGGAAGAACAAGCAAGACUUCAUGGAAGAAAAGCACCAAUGACCGCUCCUGGUGGAUACUACGGCCGACCUGCCUGGGAUAAUUCACCCCAGCAUGCAGUCAAUGUUCCAAUGACCCCUAUGCAGAAUUCAACCCCGACCCCUGUGAUGAGCCUCAAUACAACCAGUCGCCCCAGUCCAACCGAACAGGCUAUUGACAAACCCAAGCCCCCGACUGAGCACUCCAGACGAGUGUCUGUUAGUUCUGUCUCGUCCGAAUCAUCCUUCAGCUCGAUUGACUCCAUUUCCACAUCGUCAAAUUUGAGUGUUUCGGACCUGGCCACAGUUCGAACUCAACUAGAGCUCCUGGAUGACCGACACGACCGAACGUUAUACGAUGCAGCCGUCGAGCUUCGUCGACAGCUCACAGCACUGCAAGCAUCCCGCCGAGAAGAUAAAAUAUCAGGCCGGAAGGAUUGGAGAAAACAAAACCAACAGUCAAAUAACGACUGGGGCCGUUGGGAUUCUCCUGAACAACAAGAACGGAAUUCUGAGGAUAGACAUGCCAUGAAAGAUGAAAUGCGAGCCACGAAAAAGGUCUUCAAAGACGUGCUUCGUCGGGCAAGAGAAGAACAACGCGAACGACGCCGACUCCGUCGCCGACAAGUUCGACAAGCAAGAGCUAGCGAGGGCGACAAGGCAAAAUAUGACCAGCCGCUAGAACAGCAGCUCGGUACUUUGCAGUUGGAUGGUAUACCUGUGGUUUCCCGUCCAGCAACCACCCCAGCUCAGCCAACCCGAGUUGCAGCUUCAAAUGCAUCAAUUGCUAGCUUUGAUUCUGGAUCCAAUCCGCCGUCUAUCUCAAGGGCAAGUACGCAGGACUUUGCGUCCGCUGGUACUAAGAAGCCGAAGCCCACUGAUACCUCUACUCGAAUUAAGGAUAUGCUCAAGUCACGCAAGGCGAAAAAGAGGCAACAGAUUGAGGAUACUGAGGGGGAGAGUAAGUGA